CAGAAGCGAGCGAGAGUCCCCACCUAUUUCCGGAUUUCACUCUAAACCAGACGCUGCUCUGUCCCGGACACGCAAAGAAUAUUGUAAUUUGUAAGGAGGAAUAGAUGGGAUGAUAGCCAACCCAAUAAAGGAAGGAAGAGGACCCCAGGCAACUCCUCAACAAGCUUUUGCAGCACCACAAGUUCUUCUGUUUCCAUUUUCAAGUCAUUCUGAGACACGUUAUAUUUGUACAGGAAAAGAAGAGGUGGGAGUUUGGAACUUUGGAGAAAUGGAAGGAGUUGUUGUCAGAAGGGUCAUACCGUCGGAUAACAGUUGCCUGUUCAACGCUGUCGGAUACGUGAUGGAACAUAAUAAACACAAAGCGCAGGAGCUUAGACAGGUCAUAGCAGCAGCAGUGUCUGGUGAUCCUACAAAGUACAAUGAAGCAUUUCUUGGGAAAUCAAAUAAAGACUAUUGUGCCUGGAUCCUGGAUUCAGAAAAAUGGGGAGGUGCUAUUGAGCUUUCAAUACUAGCAGAUUAUUAUGAGCGUGAAAUUGCAGCAUAUGACAUACAAACUACACGGUGUGAUUUGUAUGGCCAGGAUAAAAACUACAAAGAGAGAGUCAUGUUGAUUUAUGAUGGCUUGCACUAUGAUGCACUAGCUAUGUCACCCUUUGAGGAUGCCCCUGAGGAGUUUGACCAAACAAUUUUUCAAGUACGUAAUGGCACUAUUGGCGCCAUUGAACAGCUUGCUCUGAAUCUUGUCAAGGAAGCACAUAGGAAGCGGAAUUACACUGAUACAUCAAACUUUACCCUGCGUUGCGGUGUUUGCCAAAUUGGAGUUGUGGGCCAGAAGGAAGCUGUGGAGCAUGCACAGGCAACUGGACACGUUAACUUUCAAGAAUACAGGUGAGUGCUAGCUUUCGAUAUUAUGACACAACUUGUCAACCCAGUCUACUGACUGGAACAAGAGAAUGUGGGGCCCAUCUAUAUGGACACUGUAAACAUAAAAAUUAGGUUUCUCCAUGUGGAACCUGUGGAAUAUUUGGAUCUUUUUUGCAGCAAAGAUGUAAUUGAUGAGAGAAUUAUCAUGACAAAGCGGCUCUAUUUGAGAAAAACAUUUCUUAACCAAUAAACUCAUCUCUUCACCUCCA